AAACCUUCGGUACUCCUGCUCUCGGGUAGGCACGACGAAGUAAAGUACACCAAUACACAGUUACCAAUACACAGCGUGAGUGUACGUGCGUACAUAUAUAUUUACAUAUACAUAUAUAUAUAUGUGCAAUAUAUUUAGGGACGAUACGGCGCGGAAAAAUACCAACUAACCUCUCUCCUCACGUUGCGGUUACACUUUGCGCAUCAUCUUCAUCCUCGUGUGGGUGACCGUGUGUAUGAGAGUGUAUAUCCUGCUAGCCCGUGUGCCGUUGUGUAUGUGCGACGAGUGCCAUUUAUAAGUAACAGUAAAAGAAACUGAAUCGAGUGAUCAGAGCUGAGCAUAUAUUCAAGUUCACAAAGUGUAAGCGUCAGUUGGUGCAGCAUCUGACGAAACGACGACGCAAGCGUCAGMAACAACAACAACAACGUCCCAGUCGCUUUGGAAUGUUAAAUGCGGUGAGAACAAACCAUUCAGUGUAUGUUGUUGUUGGUAACAGCAGUAGUCGGAAAACAUUAGCAGUAACAGUGGCAGAAGAGGAAGAAGCAGCAGCAUUAUCAUCCAUCGUUCAUUUAGAUUAUGGCGAAUUUAAAUUUUCAACAACCUCCGAGAAGCAUAGCAAACGCGGCUUUGACAGGCCGCACAACGGGCGGCUUUGGUGGUAGCUCGAUGUCUGGCCAUGUAACCCCCACGUCCGGCAUGUUCCAAACCGAUUUCGGCACCUCUUAUCCCGGCGCUGCGAAUUACGGUCAACAAACGCAACAGCCGCCUCAGCUAUCUCCGAAUCGCAAUGUGCAGUUAUCGGUUGGUGGUCCCGCGUUAUCGAGUGGCAAUCGCAAUGCGAAUCUAUUUGGCCAACGGCCGUUUGUGGAACGUCGUGCCAUGCAGGGUUUGGGCAGCGGGCCCAUGUCGAACAUGGGAAACUUUAUGCAAACCGGUCGUGGUGGAUAUGGCACAGGCGGUGGUGCAGGUGGAGGCCCUUUAAAUAACUUUCAUGUAUUCGGAGGCGGCAGCGGGGCGGACGCAGCAACGCCAGCGCUGCUUGAUCCCACAGAGUUCCCUUCGCUGACGAAUGCGCGUGGCCAGAACGAUCAGACACUGCCCCAAUCGAAUACCCUCCAGCCGCCGGGCAGCAAACCCUACGGUAAUUUCUUUACCUCUUUUGGCAUGGUCAAACAACCAACGUCAGAGCAAUCGGAGUUUACGAUGUCGAACGAGGACUUUCCUGCGUUACCGGGUACCCAAAAUUCGGAUGGCACAACGAAUACGUUGGGUAGCAGCAGCGGCGUUGGCAACGCUUCUGGAGGUGGUAGCGGAGGAGGAAGUGGAAGCGGUGUCACAGACAAUAAUCUGGAUGGCACGGAAAAGGCAAUGAAUUCAAUUGUGGUCAGCGGCGGCGGUUCGGCCAGCUCCGGCGCCGUGGGCGUUGGUGGAAAUGGUCACGGCGCCGUUGGAAGCGGUCUAGGCGGCGCUGUUGUUGGCGGUGGUGGCGGCAACAGCAGCGGGUCGAGCGGUGUAGUGAACGCGACGCAUGUAGGAUUAGUGGGCGGCACAGGUGGAGGCGGUGGCGCCAACAGUGUUACCGGAAACAAUGUUAUGAUGGGCGGCGGCCUCGGUAGCGCCACAAGCAGUGGAGCAGGCGGCGAGCAUAUGAAUGAUAAUUCCAGCAAUGAUAAACUUGUGAAGAGCGGCGUGCAAACAUCGCCAGAUGGCAAGGUCACAAAUAUACCAGCGAGCAUGGUGAACAAUCAGUUUGGCAUGGUGGGUCUGCUAACGUUUAUCCGAGCAGCUGAAACGGAUCCCAAUCUGGUGACAUUGUCGCUGGGCACGGAUCUAACGGGCCUGGGCUUAAAUCUUAAUUCACAGGAGAGUUUGCAUCCAACAUUCGCAGGCCCAUUCGUGGAACAACCCUGCAGAGCACAAGACGUUGAGUACAGCGUGCCACCCGAAUAUCUGAUCAAUUUUGCGAUUAGAGAUAAGCUCACAGCGCCGGUACUGAAAAAGCUGCAAGAGGAUCUGCUGUUUUUCCUGUUCUAUACGAAUAUCGGUGAUAUGAUGCAAUUGAUGGCAGCUGCUGAAUUGCAUAGUCGUGAGUGGCGGUAUCAUGUUGAGGAGAAAAUUUGGAUAACUCGAAUUCCUGGCAUUAAUCAAUAUGAAAAAAAUGGUACAAAAGAGCGUGGCACCUUCUAUUACUUUGAUGCGCAAAGUUGGAAACGUUUGUCCAAGGUUUUCCAUAUAGAUGCCGAGAAAUUAGAUAAAUGUCCCAAUAUAAGUGCGUUUAUGAAUGGACAGUCUGUAUAAUAAUAAUAAAACUGAAAAAAUUUGAAAAAAGCAAAAACAAA